CAAGCUAGGUUUCCCUCUUCCUUCUCUCAAGGGUUUCAUCUUCUCUCUCUUCUCUCUCUCUCUCUCUCCAUUGUUAAGUAGAUUCUCAUCAGCUGAAGAGAAGAGAAAAUGGGUGAAGAGAAGCCUAAGCUUUCCGUCGGUGUAUGGCCAACUAUCAAGCCAUUUGUCAAUGGCGGAGCUUCCGGUAUGCUUGCUACUUGCGUUAUCCAACCUGUCGAUAUGAUCAAGGUUAGGAUUCAAUUGGGUCAAGGAUCAGCUGCUGAGGUAACAAGAACUAUGAUUAAAAAUGAAGGUGUCGGCGCCUUGUACAAGGGACUCUCUGCUGGGCUACUUAGACAAGCUACGUAUACAACUGCUCGGCUUGGAACAUUUAAGAUCUUGACAAACAAAGCAAUUGAGGCUAAUGAUGGGAAGCCAUUGCCAUUGUAUCAGAAGGCAUUAUGUGGUUUAACUGCUGGAGCAAUUGGUGCAUCUGUGGGUAGUCCAGCAGAUUUGGCACUUAUUCGUAUGCAGGCAGAUGCUACUUUACCUGCAGCUCAAAGGAGGAACUACACAAACGCCUUCCAAGCACUAUUCCGUAUUGGCGCUGAUGAAGGAGUUUUGGCACUUUGGAAAGGUGCUGGACCUACUGUUGUGAGAGCUAUGGCUUUGAAUAUGGGAAUGCUUGCUUCUUAUGAUCAAAGUGUUGAGUUUUGCAAGGAUUCUCUUGGUCUUGGCGAGGCUGCAACUGUUGUUGGGGCUAGUUCUGUUUCUGGGUUCUUUGCUGCAGCUUGUAGUCUACCAUUUGACUAUGUGAAAACUCAAAUCCAGAAGAUGCAACCCGAUGCACAAGGAAAAUAUCCUUACACCGGUUCUUUGGAUUGCGCUAUAAAAACCAUCAAAGCAGGAGGUCCUCUGAAACUCUACACUGGAUUUCCCGUUUACUGUGUCAGGAUUGCUCCCCAUGUCAUGAUGACAUGGAUCUUCCUCAACCAAAUCCAAAAACUGCAGAAGUCUGCUGGCCUAUAAAAACAUUGUUGUUGAUUCAGCAAAACAAGUCGAGCUUUUUAUCUGUCGGAAUAAUACACCAUGGUUGUUAUGUAGUGUUCUUCGUAUCUUUGUCUUUGGGAAAAACUAACCAACCGGGCAUCGAGUAAACUUCCUUUUUCGUGAAUUAUUAUUUUUCCCUAAAUCUUACAAAUUUUCUAUCCUAUUAUAGGGUUUUAUUUAACUUCAUUUAGAAGAAAUCUCCUUCAUUUUCCUGUUAGCAUACAGAAUUCAGACUAUAAUAUUUGAUGAUGAUGAGAUCCUAAAUAAGAUUUUAUGUAUCCAAUCUACUACUUGGAAUAUUUAUCA